AUGGCUCAACGUGUUACUUAUAGAAGAAGAAAUCCAUACAACACCAGAUCCAACAAGAUCAAGGUUGUUAAAACCCCAGGUGGAAAAUUAGUUGCUCAACACGUCAAAAAGGCUGCUUCCAGAGUCAAAUGUGGUGACUGUGGUUCCGCUUUGUCUGGUAUCUCUACCUUGAGACCAAGAGAAUACGCUCAAGUUUCUAAAACUCACAAGACUGUCCAAAGAGCUUACGGUGGUUCAAGAUGUGCCAACUGUGUCAAAGAAAGAAUUGUUAGAGCAUUUUUGAUUGAAGAACAAAAGAUUGUCAAGAGAGUAUUGAAAGACCAACAAGAAAAGGAGAAGAAGGCUUCUGCUGGUAGAAAAUAA